AGUUAUAGAAACAAAAUCAUUUGAAGAAUGAAUUUACACAUCGAUAAGAUUGAAUGUCUUUUUAUAUUAUUCAAUAUAUUAAUUAGUAGUGCAAAAUUGACAUCUUCUUAUAAAUUAAAACACAUUAUCUUGGCGCAGUACAUUGGAAAUUCACAAAAUGGAAUUAGCAGUAACGGCGCUUCAUUAGCAAAGCAAAUUCUACUCACAAGAAGUAAGAGCAAACAAAAUUAUGAAGUAGGAGACGAAAAAUCACAGCUAGUUGAUAAGAAAACUCGAGGCUCUCUUUUGGACUAUCGGCCAUAUGUGCAUGUGAUAAUUGACGGGAGGACGGGUGAUUCUGAUGGCCCGCUGUUUCAGACAGACGUCGCGUUAUCGCCGGGCAUGUCUCUGUAUAACGCAAUAGCCCAGGCCAGCAUUCGUUUUGGUGUAGAACAUCCGUGUAUACAAAACCCGUAUCAAAUGGAGGUCGAGUCUGUCAGUAGGAACUGUUAUACUGUUGUGAAUGUCCCGGGCCUUCCCGCCGGCAGGAAUAACAAAUGGAUAAUAAAAAUCGUCAGGAGAAGAGGCAGGGUUGUAUACGAAGGUGAGUGCUUACCCAGCGGGAGGAUAGCGAUGAGAGGUGGGACAAUGGUUACCUUCACCAAGAGCAGUUAAAACUCUGGAGUUAUAAAGAAGAUUGCUACCUGUUCACAUGUUGCUUAAUUAAAGUGAUCAAAUUGUUUCCCUUUGUUUAUAUUGAAUGGUCACAUGUACGCUAUGUGACGUUUGAUGAAGGAAAAGCAUAAAGCUUCAAUAUAUAAUGUAUAAAGUAAACCCACAACACGUGUUUUCUGUUAUAACCCGUUACUCACAGCUGAAAACCUACAUUUGAGAAGAUCAGGUGUUUUCAUCGUGUUUAUGCUCAAUCGAUUUCUAUCUUCAAUUGACAGUUCGUUAGUACAUGUUUAUGUGAAUUUCCACUUUCUCCAACGUGUAUGUUGC